CUGACGUGGUGUACUGCACAUAACAUACAUUCCGCUCAGAUGUUUUUAUCAUAUUAUUAUUUUGUUAUUAGCUUUCUUUAGAAAAUUAAGAAUUUCUAAUAUUCUUGCAUCUUAUUUAAUAUAUAUUCUGAUUCACAUACCGGAUACUUUCAUUUAUGAAUAACUCAUCGAGAUUAAAAGACUGUUAACCUAGAAUUUUUCUAGAGUUUGUUGAUAUAAGACAUUAAUAUAAAGUGAUUUGAGUAAUGAAGAGGUGGUUGAAGUUUGCGUUUGGAGUGGCGGUGGCAAGUGGUAUUUGGCUGUCUUUAUACCUAAAAAAUUUGGACAAAAAUAAUGAUUGCGAAUGUUACUUAAAGUAUCUUCCACUCAUUUGUGUAUUUGUUUUUGGCAUUUAUUCACUUACAGUAGUGAUUUAUAGAACUUUUACAUUUAACAACUGUGAAGAAGCUUAUGAAGAAUUACUUGAUGAGAUCAAGAUGGCCCGUAAAGACUUGAUAAAGAAAGGUGUCUUAUUUGACAAAAAUUUUAAAUCUGUUAAAAAAGAUUAAUAUUUUGUAAUAAGGAUUUGUAAA